CUUGUUGUAUGGUCCUGCUUUAUCCCAUUCCACGCUCCGGAUAUCUCCGGGCAACCACCAAUAUUCAAAAUGACCAAAAAGUCCUCAAGCGCUUUCGGCGCUUCAGCCCACUUAACUUCCAAUGACCUUUGAGCAUAAUAGUCUUUUCGUAUGCUUCCGGCCUUCUAUCUCUCCUAUUUCGCGCUGAGCGCCCUCCCGCUUCGCUUCUCUCCUUCUCCUAAGAACGCAAAUGGCGUCGAUCUCCGCUCUAGGGUUCUUUCCGAACCUGACCAAAAUCGCAAGAGGUUCUCCUUGCCUUCUUCCUCCUGAGGGUAGGGAUUUUAGGAGGGGCGCGCCUCAGAUUGCAAGGAAAUCUUCGCUCGAAAGCGAUGGGAUCGUCGACUCAGAAGUCUCCAACUUGGGCGGAGAGACAAGAAGGAAACUACUAUUGGUUUCCACAAUUGGGUUUACUAUCGGUACUCUGCAACAUGCUCUGGAUGAUGGAAAGGCUGGUGCAUCUGAAUUUACUGAUAUGCCAGCACUUCGUGGAAAGGACUAUGGUAAAACAAAAAUGCGAUAUCCAGAUUACACUGAGACGCAAUCAGGCCUUCAGUACAAGGAUUUGCGAGUAGGUGAUGGUCCUGCACCAAAAAUGGGUGAGACUGUAGUGGUUGAUUGGGAUGGUUAUACAAUCGGAUACUAUGGUCGCAUCUUUGAAGCUCGAAACAAGGCAAAAGGCGGUUCCUUUGAGGGAGAUGAUAAAAAUUUUUUCAAAUUUAAGCUUGGAUCAGGACAGGUCAUACCAGCUUUUGAGGAAGCUAUUGUGGGCAUGGCUCUAGGAGGUAUUAGGAGGAUAAUAGUACCCCCAGAGCUGGGAUAUCCAGAUAAUGACUUCAACAAACUUGGCCCCAGACCAACAACCUUUUCGGGCCAGAGAGCUCUUGAUUUUGUUCUGAGGAAUCAGGGCUUGAUAGACAAAACUCUCUUGUUUGAUAUAGAGCUUCUUAAAAUUGUUCAAAACUAGUCUCCCUCCAGGGAGACAUCUGAUGAACCUUUUGUAUAUGGGACAAGAUAUUUGACAUUACAAGAAAGGCACAAUCUUCUCUAUGGCGCUUGGGAUUUUGUCAUACCAGAGGACUCAGAACAUAUACCAUUGAUUUUGCAUUUGAUGUGACUUGCAGGCUGCAUUACUUCCAAGAAGAAUGUGAUAACUUUUCUAAAGUAACAGUGUUUCAGAAUAGUUGCUUGUCAUGCUUAUUAGUAUUUUUGCAUGGAAAAUAUUAUUUUAGACAAUUUUCAUA